UACUGCUGUGCUGUAUCAUGGACGAAUUUGUCAACAACCUGUCAAAACAAAUCCGAACUUUGGACUCGUGACCUGUUGUUUUAAGGAUAGACAAUGUUUUCAACGCUUCUAAGAGAUCUUCGAGCUCACGCUAUUAACAACAUUGAAUAUUAUCAGAAUGGAACCACGACAUCGACGUCAUUAUUUCACAAAUCCUUUAGUCUCAUGCAUGAGCAUCUGGAGAGAGGGAUUCAACCCUCCAUAGAAGAAAUCACCCCUCGUUUGGCUGAUUAUGAUUUAUCCCCUGAUAUCCAAGCGAAUGGGUAUCGUAGUUUGAUCAAAGUUGUUCACAAAUGUUGCCUUCAUCUUUUACAGUUAUCUCGACACAUUUCAAAUAAUAGAACUGGUAUGUUCUUCCGUGGUCACCACUAUUCAAAGGAACUUGAAGCUUAUGUUUCAGUUUUGGGACAACUUAGAGCUAGUUUACAUUAUGCUAAUAAGCUUAUUCCGUUUUGUGAUCAAGGAAGUCUUUUUGCUAACGAAGCCUAUUUUGACAAUGAAGUUGCUGAAAAUUUAUUGAAGGAUGUGGAACGAUUAAGUCAGGACUGUUUCUAUGGAAGAUGCCUUGGUUUUCAGUUUUGUGAGUCAAUGGUAAAACCCUUACAUGGAGUUGGUGUUGCCAUGGCAUCAUUUAGUGAUGGAUACCAAAAUGAAUCACAUUUGUUACAACUGACAACAGCUUUGUUUAACAGUGGAAAAUACUUCUUAGACCCAGACCUAAGAGCACAAAGAGUUGUAGAUGUCACUAGAACAGCAGAUAUAAGUUUCUGUAAAUCUUUCUGGUCCAUACCUGAAUCAGAUUUUAUGCAGUUGUCACAUCUUGCAUGUCCAAGAGUUCAUGUAAAUGAAGUUAUUACAAUUCAACCAGGUCCCUUUGAGAUGAAUUGCCAUAACAGUGUGGAAACAGUUGUUAUAACACCUCCAUGUGCCUACACAGGGCCAGGCAAUAUCAAAAUGAGGCUAUUCUCAAAUCAUUGGAGAGAAGGACAGAAAGUUCCACACACAAAGAUGAAGAAGAAACCAAACCCCAAAUCUUCAGGAUUAGUUCUACAUUGUCAUGGUGGAGGAUUUGUAGCUCAGUCUUCAAGGUCACAUGAGGUAUAUUUGAGACAAUGGGCCAAGGAUUUAGAUGUACCUAUAUUAUCUAUAGACUAUUCAUUAGCGCCUGAGUAUCCUUUCCCGAGAGCAUUAGAGGAGUGUUUUUAUGCAUAUGCUUGGGCACUUGAGAAUGCAGAGCUUCUAGGCUGGACAGGUGAGAGAAUAUGCUUUGCUGGAGACAGUGCUGGUGGUAACCUGAUGAUGGCCACAGCAAUCAGAGCAGCAUCCUUCCAGAUCAGGGUACCAGAUGGAAUCAUGGCGGCCUAUACACCAUUCAUGGUCAGAUAUACACCAUCACCAUCAAGGAUGAUGGGAUUGAUGGAUCCCUUACUCCCUAUGGGGAUCCUCACCAGAUGUUUAGCAGCAUACGCUGGGGUUUCCACAUGUUUUUCACCAAAAGAUGACAAAUGGGUUAUAGUAGAAUAUAAGAAGACUGACCACUCAUUUGAAGAGUGUGAAAAAUCUACAAAGGGAAAUAACUCUCCAACAGAUACUUCAGCAUCAAGUUCAUUACGUAACUCUGCAAUGGAUACUCUGACAUCUAGUUCUGAAAUGGAAAGCAACAGUGGAACAGAAUCAUGUUUUGAAGAGGUUGAAAUUGACAAUGGACAUGUACAUGUACCUUCUAUUAAUGAAGAAACAACAGAAAAAGAGGAUGUAAAAAGUGUAGAAAGUUUUGAAGUUUUGACUGUUUCUAAAGAUGCUAUGGGAACUCCUGAUUCAACAGACUCACAGUUUUCAGUGGAAGAUUUUGAUUCUGAAGGUGCUGAUCAUUGUACUUCCCCGAAUGUAAAUGUCAAUGAUUCUGAACAAAAUGGUGCGGUAAUGGAACUGUCAGAACUCAAAGUUGAAACAAACUCUGUAGAAAAUGGUGCUAUUAAUGAGCCAUCACAGGAUAACGUUGUAAUGAGUCCUAUGGAAGAUGGAACUUUUGAUGAACAAAAUCUCUCAAAGGAUAUAAGCAGUCAGUUAGAUAGUGUAGCAGACGGUCAGAGUAACAAACAUAAAAAGUUAGCAAGAGUCAGCAAAGGGAUUACCAAACAAGCGUCUGUUGAUUUACCUAAGGAGGUUUGUCAAUCUGUUCCUCCCCGUCAGAGCAUGACAUCUCGGUCAAAAACAUUUGAUUGUGGUGUCCAAGGUGAUUCAGAUUCCAGUUUUGUGACAAAUUGUACUGGAACAUUGAACUUUGUGCCCCUAAGAGCUGCCAAACAUCACAUUCAACAUAGUCCUCUGACAGCAUUUCGUCAUCUACCUAUUGUCAAGAAUCCUUAUAUGUCUCCAUUGUUAGCUUCAGAGGAGUUGUUGAAAGAUUUGCCUCCUGUUUAUCUUGUGGCCUGCCAUUUGGAUCCUCUCUUGGAUGAUUCUGUGUCAUUUGCUAAAAAGCUGAGAGAUCUGAAUAAGAAAGUUGACCUUCACCUUAUUGAUGAUUUACCUCAUGGGUUUCUAAACUUUUCAAUGGUCAGUAAGGAGGCCAGAUUAGCAUCUGAUAUAUGUGUCAGUAAAAUAAUGACUGUUCUUGGAUAAUUAAUGAAGUAUGACUGUUCAUUGAAGUGAAGUGUUCCCAGGAAACCAGUGACAUUCUAAAAUAUGACUGUUCCUGGCUGAAAAACCAUGGCAUUGUUGUUAAAUAUUGUCUUUCACUAAUUUAUUGUUAAUUUGUGAUAUGAAUUGUUAAUAUUUAUGUUAUAGUUAUUGCCUUAUAAAAUGGCACUGUUACAUGUAGUCUUUUUAGUCAAGUUGAAUUUAAAUUAAAUGCACACUUUGCAAUUGUUGUGAUACAUGUACACAGUAUUUUAUUUUUUAAGAAAUUUUAUAAUUCUAGAAUAAAUCACAAUAAAUUACAUAAAAGAGUUAUCAAGUUGAAGUUCACUAUUUUAUUUUUAUAUUUUGGCUCAUAUUAAAAACUAGAAUUAUUUCAAGCU